AGCAAAAAUUAGGCCACGCACAAAACACCAUUAAACAAUCAUGAUGAAGUCUGCCUCCCGGACCGCAUUAAUAUUAGCCACCGCUCUAUCCCACCGCUCCUUAAACCCUAACCCCAGCACCCCUUUCUUCCUUCGCAACGCCUCCGCCACCGUUUCUCUUCCACUGAUCUCCUACACCACCACUGUCACGCGGCGGCCAUCUAGCUGCAACAAUUUCUGCACUUCAAUGGCAGCCGGUGACUCCUCCCCUACUUCCGCUGCUGUCGAGAAGCAGUUUGAUAAGUUUCGUUUCAGUCUAGAAGAAUCUGGUAACUUACGUGACCGCAUCAAAGCUGUUGCGACUGAGAUUGAUUCGACUACGAGAAUCAUGCACUCCAUUCUUCUUCUAGUUCAUCAAUCUCGGCCCAUUCCUGAGGUUCUAGAGAAGGUUAACUCUCAUGUUGACAAAUUGAAGCAGCUUUUCAGUAAGCUUGCAGAAAUUGUUGGUGAAAGCCCUGGCCAAUACUACAGGUAUCAUGGUGAUUGGCGAAGUGAGACACAACAAGUAGUCUCUCUCCUUGCUUUUACACAUUGGCUAGAAACAGGAAGCCUUCUAAUCCAUACAGAAAUGGAGCAAAAACUAGAGCUGAAUUCAGAGUUUUGCCUUGAUGUUGAAGACUACCUUACUGGAAUAUGCUUUAUGUCAAAUGAAUUGCCUAGGUAUGUGGUGAAUCAAGUGACAGCAGGGGAUUAUGAUUGCCCUAGAAAGGUGUUAAAGUUUUUAACUGAUCUUCAUGCUUCAUUUCGCAUGCUUAAUCUCAGAAAUGAUUUCUUGCGAAAAAAGUUUGAUGGAAUGAAGUACGAUUUGAGGAAAGUUGAAGAGGUUUAUUAUGAUGUGAAGAUCCGAGGGUUGGGAUCUAAGGGUGUUGCGGAAGGAGAUCAAAGUGUACAAGAAAGUUAGAUCUUUUUGGAAUAUGUAAAGGAUGUGCUAAAUUAUGGGGAUUGUAGGUGAAUUGUGGUCAAUUGUUUUUUGGACAAUUUUUUAUUUGGUAGCUUAUCUUAGUGUCUAUGGUGUUUUGUA